GGGUGGGCUGGCAUAUUCCACUGCACGUUUCGGCACAGCGGGCCGAUCCCACACGUGGGCCAACAGCCCAUGCACCCAUAUAUAUGUUGUUGCGCGUGACGCGCCAUGCCAAGGGUAUUGUAGGCCUUAUCUUGCUUCAAAAAAAAAAAAUUUGUAGGCCUUAUCAGGCCCGUGACCAACCCGAGCCAGUGAUGCAGUUUUAUCUGUAGGUCUCGGAUCCAGUGGUCAAUAGCCCACCAGUAGUAAAGUUUUUUCAAGAGAAAAAAUUAAUUUAUUAUUACAAAAGUUCGAUUAUCAAUCUUCAAUUAUGAAACACAUAGUUGAAAUUUAGCAUCUGUUAUCUGGUUUUGUAGUUAAAGAUUGAAAAUUGAAUUUUUUGCGAUAAUUUGAAAACUCUAAAUCGGACUUUUCGAUUUUUUUUCUACCGAACCACGAAGUCAUCGGGUCUGAUUUUUUUUUCUCCACCUCUCUCAGAUUUUCCAUCCGGGAAUAUGUAAAAGUUCAACAAACACAUCCAUCGUCUUUCCUACCUCCUUCCUCCAGACAAAAGCUAUUUUGGCUCUUUUUUUUCUUCCUUAGUUGUUCAAAUGGGGAAUCUAUAUGUUUCCCAUCUCCCUCUCUCCGAUUUCUCUCCCAUGGUUCCAUUAUCCCCAACCAUCGAUCUCGGGUUCUUUCGCUUUCAAAUCCAUCACCGUCACUAUCACACGCACGCAGUGGUGUGCAGUCAUCGUCUUAUCUAACCCUCUGAUCAUGCCAAUGCGGCCCUUCACCCUGACAUUUGCUGAAAAUGCGAGAAUUCCCAAUCGAACUUCACGCCCACGCAAUCUCCGGAUAUCAUUUCCGAGCAAAGAGGAAAGACGCCGCGCAACUUGCCCGAACUUGCCUCCGGCAUUGUCAUGGCCUGUUUGACGGGUAGCGAGCCAGGGAAUGUGCCGCGGAGGAGCUAGCCGCGCCCUGCCGUGGAGAGUAGCUGCGCGGAGAGGGCUGGCAAGUCAAAAGGCGGCUCCUAGAGCGCGACUUCGAGUUUCCCUUUUUGACCUGCGACGAUACGGACCAUGCCGAUGAUGAAUCCGGACACCAUUGCCGUCCAUUAGUGGAGCCGAGUAUGUCGUAGCGCCAAGAGGGCAUGGGUUUGGCUCGAGUGGUUCUCUUGGUGAGAAAAAGGGAAUCAAACUGGUCCUAAUCGUAUCCACAGAGGGUGACUACUGACAAAAACCUCCAUGAUAAUUACAACUCUGCCGGUCGCCGGUCUUGGAACCGAAAAGUUUUUUUUGGGUGUAUUUGUCCCCCCAAAAGUUAAACAAACUGCUACCUCCGGCCAUGGUCUUGAGUCCAGCUGAACCAAAAGUGUUAGCAUGCCAAAUCAUAUGCUCCCUCCAUCAUCUCAGAAUAGCUAUGUUUCGGGUCUAACCAGACAUUAUCCAACUCUAAGAAUCAUGCAAUCUAAAAGAGGGGAAACCAUUAUUGUUUCAGUCCACAUCGCUCAAUGCUUCGAUGUGCAAACUGCAAACAAGCCCGUUCCGCCAGUUCUGAACCUCUUAACCUUUCCAAAUUAUAGCCAGCACCGGGGCGCCAUUGAAUGCCACUUUCGUCGAUCGUCGUGGUCGUACGUAGCAGGUGCGCGAUCGGGCUUCCAGUUCCCUUGCCCGGGAGGAAGCCGCACCGUCUCGUGGCAAACAAAAGUCGGGACCGUGCCACUUGCGCUCCUGUAGCAGCGGCUGCGGUGCCUGUAGCCAUGUCCCUGACCCGUCGACGACCGGUGGGCAUCCCCGGACCCCACAUGCCCUUCCGACUCGUGAUACGGUACUGGCUCUGGCCUCUGCUUCUGCUUGCUAGCGUAAGUAGCUCCACCCACACCGACCAGUUGAGUCCUGCCCGCCCGAGCGAGAGCACCCGAGCCUGCUGCAGCCUCCCGCCGGCGGCCGGCCCACAGCCGCAGGUAGCCGCCGGCUAAGCCGGAGCGCCCGCUGACCACCGACGAUGGCGGUGCUGGACCUGGACGGCGGCUGCGGCUGCGACGACGACGGGCGGCGCCCGCGGCGGGGCGGCACGGCGUGGACGUGCGCGGCGCACGUCAUCACGGCAGUGAUCGGCUCCGGGGUGCUGUCGCUGGCAUGGAGCGUCGCGCAGCUGGGAUGGGCCGCCGGCCCCGCCUGCAUGCUCUGCCUCGCGCUCGUCACCUACGUCUCCGCCGCGCUGCUCGCCGACUGCUACCGCCGCGGCGACCCGGAGAAGGGCCUGCCGAGGAACCGCUGCUACACCGACGCCGUCCGCGCCUACCUCGGUACGGUAGCACGACACCAUCACCAUGAUACUAGUACAGCCGCCGUACUAGUACGCCGUUAUUUGCAGCAGCAGCCGUGGACUCGUGAGCGAGACAAAUUAAUCAGUAGACCUACUAGCUUUGUGAGUUUGUGGUGUGGGUUCAUGAUGGCCUUUUUUCCCCUUAAUGAUCCGUGCGUGUCCUGUGUGGGGAUGGCGGCGUGGUCAGGCAAGAAGCACACCUGGGCCUGCGGCUCGCUGCAGUUCGUGAGCCUGUACGGCUGCGGCGUCGCCUAUACCAUCACCACCGCCACUAGCAUAAGGGCGAUCCUGAAGGCCAACUGCUACCACAAGCACGGGUACAAUGCGCCCUGCAGCUACGACGGCAGCUACUACAUGCUCGUCUUCGGCGCCGCGCAGCUCUUCCUCUCCUUCAUACCGGACUUCCACGACAUGGCGUGGCUCUCCGUCGUCGCCGCCGUCAUGUCCUUCUCCUACGCCUUCAUCGGCCUCGGGCUCGGCCUCGCCACCACCAUUACUAACGGGACGAUCAAAGGAAGCACAACAGGUGUUCCGAUGAGGACGCCUGUGCAGAAGAUUUGGCGCGUCUCGCAGGCCAUCGGCGACAUCGCGUUCGCAUACCCGUACUCCCUAAUCCUCCUGGAAAUACAGGACACCCUGAAGUCACCGCCAGCCGAGAACAAGACGAUGAAGAGGGCGUCGAUGAUCUCGAUCCUCGUCACGACGUUCUUCUACCUCUGCUGCGGCUGCUUCGGCUACGCCGCCUUCGGGAGCGACGCGCCGGGCAACCUCCUCACCGGCUUCGGCUUCUACGAGCCCUACUGGCUCAUCGACUUUGCCAACGCCUGCAUCAUCCUCCACCUCCUGGGCGGGUAUCAGGUGUACAGCCAGCCCAUCUUCCAGUUCGCGGACAGGUUCUUCGCGGAGCGGUUCCCGGACAGCGGGUUCGUGAACGACUUCCACACCGUGCGGGUCCCGUGCCUGCCGCCGUGGCGGCUGAACCUGCUCCGGGUGUGCUUCCGGACGCUGUACGUGGCGUCCACGACGGCAGUGGCCGUGGCCUUCCCCUACUUCAACGAGGUGCUGGCCCUGCUGGGCGCGCUCAACUUCUGGCCACUGGCCAUCUACUUCCCCGUGGAGAUGUACUUCAUCCAGAGGAACGUGGCCCGCUGGUCUGCCCGGUGGCUCGUCCUGCAGGCCUUCAGCGUCGUCUGCCUCCUCGUCAGCGCCUUCGCGCUCGUCGGCUCCAUCGAGGGGCUCGUCACCCAGAAGCUGGGAUAGGAGCACUCGUGUGUGCGCCCUUCCUUCGUCUGUGUUUUGCUUUGCAUUGCUUCUCUUCCUGCUGUAGCGGUGAUGGAGAACGCAGUGAGCAGUAGCAGCAGCCAGCAGCAGCGGCAGCAUACCAGUAGCAGGUCAUCUGCAUUCUGCAGGACCAGGGAGUGCCAGGUUGCGCAGUGUUCUUUGAUGCCUUCUUGCAGCAUUAGAGACAUGUACACAGUGUCGCAUUGCAUCCAUGUCGUAUUGCCCAGGAUACUUCAGAAGUUCAGAAGAACUAAUGUGAGGAACCCUGUGACGGCCCAGAUUUUUGAAUAACCAAUUUAGGAUAAUUAGCACCAAAUCAUACAUCAGUAAAUAGGAAACCUUGAAUUAAUACAUGUGUAUGCAUGAAUGUCUCUAUGUAUGUGUGUUUAUGUGUAUUUGAACUCAAGUGAGAAAACUUAAAUAACUUUUAAAAUGAUGCAAGUUUGCAUCUGAAA